AUGGACAUUCCCGAAGAGAUAACUGAUGACGAGGACUUCUUAGAAUUAAUUACCAUCCUACAUAUACCCAGGUUACCCAAAACUUACAAACAGAGGCCUGAUAAUUUUCGGAUUUGGAACGACACUCAAUUCUUGCAACGUUUUCGGUUAUCAAAAAGUACUGUUAGAUCCAUAAUAGAUAAAGUUGCAGAUGAUAUCAGAAAUAUAACAAUACAAAAUCAUGCCCUCACGCCAGAUGAUAUGGUCUUUGUUACGCUACGUUACCUUGCAACUGGGUCCUUUUUGCAAACCACUCAAAAUCCAUAUUCUGUAGCUACAGUAGAAAUUCAAGACAGACAAAGACAUCGAGCUGUAGCUAUUACAUCUAUUGCACAAGAAUCAAGUGCUUCUACGUCUGCCGAUUUGGCAGAAACUCAAGAGAAUUUGACUAUUGCUGAAACGCAUCGUCAACCAAGAAGUGAAGUGAAAGAGAAAUGUUUGGGGUACAGUGAAGAUAAUAACAUCGUCCAAUGA